AUGGCGUCGUCGCUUGGUCCUUGUGGUGGCAAGGUGGAGAAGGCCACGGGGCCAUGGCUUGGUGCGGCCAAGAGUGGUGCAGCAAUUUCAGCCGCUAUUUGGUGGUUCACAGGGGUGAUUUGUGGCUGCAAGGAGCUGUCCCCACGGUUUAGUGGCUGUCCGGUUGCUACAACAGUUGUUUGGAGAGGUUGUGAGGCCUCCAGAGGGAUUUGCAUGAUCUCCUCUGUCACAGACCCCAAUGAUGCUGCUGUGCUCCUAUCCUUGAAGAAUUCGUGGCAAAAUACGCCACCCAGUUGGGACAAGUCAAAUGAUCCCUGUGAUUCCCGGUGGGAGGGAGUCACCUGCAACAAUGCAAGGGUGUCUAGACUGGGAUUAUCAAACAGGAGCCUCAAGGGGAAACUUUAUGGUGACCUUAGUGGACUCACUGAAUUAAGAUCCUUGGACCUUUCCUUCAACCCUGGCCUCACAGGUCCUCUCUCUCCAAGAUUAGGGAAUAUGAAAAAUUUAAGUAUCCUGAUCCUAGCUGGUUGCAGCUUCAAUGGAGAAAUUCCAGAUGAAUUAGGCAAUCUUGCAGAGCUAUCCUUCUUGGCUCUGAAUUCAAAUAACUUUUCUGGUGCCAUACCUCCUUCUUUGGGCAAACUCUCCAAACUCUACUGGCUGGACCUGGCAGACAAUCAGUUGACUGGAACAAUUCCAAUUUCGACCUACCAUUCCCCUGGCUUAGACCUCCUGUUGAAGGCUAAACACUUCCAUUUGAACAAGAACCAGCUUUCAGGUUUCAUACCGGCCAAACUUUUCAGCUCUAAGAUGGCACUGAUACACUUGUUGCUUGACAGAAAUAGGUUUACUGGUACUAUUCCAGCAACAUUAGGACUUAUUAAGACUCUUGAGGUUCUUCGGCUUGAUACAAAUACUCUGGCUGGAAGUGUCCCCUCAAAUCUUAACUACCUUACAAAUGUCAACGAAUUAAAUUUGGCGCACAACUACUUGUCAGGCCCUCUACCUGACUUAAGUGGAAUGAAUUCCCUUAAUUAUGUAGACCUUAGCAACAACUCAUUUGACCCAUCAGAAGCUCCACUUUGGUUCUCAACCUUACCCUCACUCACCACUUUAGCCAUAGAAUAUGGAUCACUUCAAGGGGUUGUGCCAGAGAAGCUUUUCAGCCUUCCAAAUUUACAACUAGUGAAGCUCAAAUACAAUGCGUUCAACGAUACGUUGAACAUGGGCGAUAGCAUCAACCCACAACUGCAGCUUGUUGAUCUGCAGAACAAUCAGAUUUCCAGAAUAAGUCUGGGUUAUGAAUACAAAAAUACAUUAAUACUUUUCGGGAACCCGGUUUGCAGCAGCAGUUCUGGUGCAUCAAAUGCUACUUUCUGUCAGCCUCCCCAUCAAACUACAAAAUCUUAAAUGGUCAAGAUGAGAGCUUUUAGCCAACUUGUGGAAAAUGGUGCAAAAGUGGGGAUGCCUGUAUUCAUCUAAGUUCUUCGAAGUCAAGUCAACAUUGUAAAAAUGGAGAAUCAUUCUCUCUCCUUGAUAUCCCAUUUGUUCUUUCUUUACACGUGAUCAGAUUUUAUUUGGUGAAGCUUCUUCUAUCAAACAAGCCAAUGUCAUGAAAUCGUGCUUUGAAAAGUUCCGCAUGCCUCAGGCCAACUGCCUAACUUUUAAAAAGUCAAGAUUUUG